UUAAUGUGUUAUGUUAUGGUUGAUUUUUAACCAACGUCAUGCAUUUAAAACUAAAAAGUUUAUCAAAAUCCGUUAACUGAUACCGACAUAAAACUAAAAGCGUAAUAUUAUGAAUAUGCACAGUCAACAAUGGAAAGCGUUUUCCACUUCCGUGUUUAGUGGCAAUAUUUACUUUUAAUGAAAACAAAAUGUGUUUCAAGUUUUAUUUUGACAGUCUUAACGUCUUUUCAUGAAACAAUGGGGUCGUAUCUGCGUCGUACUAAUAUAGUUGAGGGUAUUGGGAACGAAGUUAUUAUUGGUUUGGGGACAUUCAUUUGCCUAUUGGUGACGUCUUUGGCAGUUAUUUAUAACAGCACGAGACGAAGAAGCCAGGAGAUUCAUCCCGACAGUGCUGGGAAUGUUGAGACGACCCGGUUAUUCUUACACCGCGAGGAAGAGGCGUUUAACAGCAACGCAGACCAGCCUCGGGUAGUGAGACAGCAGAACGAUGGCCAACUCCAGUGUCCAAUAUGCUUGGCUGAAGCAUCUUUCGCUGUCGAGACCAACUGUGGUCACCUGUUCUGUGGUCAUUGUUGUAUAACCUACUGGCAACAUGGGCAGUGGCUUGGGGCCAUACGAUGUCCCGUUUGCCGACAACAGGUGACACUCCUGCUGAGGAAUUUUACAGCAGAAGAGAAUUUAGAAAAUAGUAAUGAAAAACAAACGGUGGUAGAUCAGAUAAACAGCUACAACAGGAGGUUUUCAGGCCAGCCCAGACCCAUUCUGGAUUAUAUUCGUGACCUGCCCACACUGCUUCGACAUGCAUUUAACGAGUUUUUCUCCAUCGGCGGACUCAUCUGGAUGUUUCGAAUGCGAGUUAUAAUGUGCUUCUUAGCUGCCUUGUUUUAUUUUAUUUCUCCCCUUGAUCUAAUUCCUGAAGCAGCAUUUGGCCUUCUUGGAUUUCUCGAUGACUUCUUUAUUGUUGGACUGUUGGCGAUUUAUAUUACAAUCAUUUACCGGCAGGUGGUGGAGGCGAGGGCUGAACGCCAAGCGAUGAAUGCCGGUCCAGCUUCUUGACACAGAUUAUACCACUUACCGUAUGUCAGUUGGUUUGGUCAAAGCCACUUCUGUGACUUUACAACACCUUACUUUCAUGUGGUGCCAAUAUUUAUUAAUUUGAUCGAAAUCAUUAAACUUUUGUAUUUAGAAACAAAUAUUAAUGUAGUGAUAAUAUUGUAGUAUUACAUUAUGUAACCGGUAAAUGUUUUAAAUAUUGCUUCUUGUGAUAUAUAUAAAGAAGUUACUUUGAAAAAUUAAUUCUACGAGAAACAAAUUAACCUCAAAUUAUAAUUAGUAAGCAAAGCUAGUGGAAAAAUUACUUAAACUUUUUCAAUAAAAUACUUUUUUUAUGUGUUAGCACAAGUCAGAAUUUACUGUUUAAAUGGUGUCGAGUACUACCCAAUCUAAUCAUGACAACAUACACCUGUUUGUAGCCUACACUUAAAAUAUUAAUCAUUUUAACUGGAAUAAUGUCAGUUUAUUAUUUCGGUAUCCGAGAUGUGUUCACCGAUUGAACAUGUCAAAUUAAAUAACCGAUAAACUUUUUUUCAGUCACAGUUUCCAAUUUUCUUUUUGACUUCUCCCCUCUUCAACAUUAGCAGUGUAAGUGUCAAAAUAAAAUUAAAUUUAAAUUGGCGACAUUCCAACAUACCGACUACAUCUUUAUUGAAAGAUUAUUAUUAUUUUUUUUUUUUUAAUAUUUAUUAACGUUUAACGUUUGGGAUUGACCAACAGGCAAUGCCUAUAUUAAGGUCUCUCCCUACAUUUUACAAAUACAAUUUUAAAAAAACAUAGCAGACAAAACAAUAGUUGUGAGAAAAACAAUCACACACAACACGAGAAAUGAACAGAAACAGGAGGACAGACAGACAGAAUGAGAGGGAGAGAGAGAGAGACAGAGCGAGAGAGAAUGAAUGAAUGAGAAUUGUCAGAUAAUGUCAAAGCGUUUGCUUGCAACAAUAAACUGUUGAACCGUUUUAAACAUGUCAACGUUUUUUUGGUCAUAAAAAUUUUGAUUUUCAAGUAAAAGCACUUUGUAAUUUAAAUUUGAGUAAGCAAAUAGAAAUUGAGCACGUUGUCUGUCGUAGUUUGGGCAAUGGAGUAAGAAAUGUUCAGAAUUCUCAAUAGGAUGGCCACAGGCACAGAUUGGAGUAUUCGAUAUAAAACGUGUCCAUUUAGGUUGCUAAUAUUUAGACGAAGACGACAGUGUAAUAUCUCUGGUCUUCUCUCACACGUGUGAAAAUAAAAUGGAGUUUUAGUUUUGUUUGCAUAUAAGUGUUUUUUAAAGCAACUUAUGGAUAAAGAAUUUCUAGUAUUAAUUGGUAGUUUGUUCCAUAAUUUAACUCCUGAAGGGAAGAACGAAUCAGAAAAUAGUUUUGUUCGGCUUCUAAAUCCCUGCAAGUGAUCAGCAUCAUGCAACGGGUAGCGAGAAUGUUCUGAUACUGUUCUGAUAAUUGGGCAAUUUUUGGGAUAGGUAAGCCGGAGUCAUACCUUUACAAAGUUGAUACGUCAUACAUAAUUUGUGGCAUUUUCUUCUCUCUGGUAAAGGCACAAAACCAGUUUCCGUAUAUAAUGACUGAUGAGAUGUUCCACGAACAGCACCACAAAUGGUGUGUAGGGCAUCUAAAUGAAUAUUUUCAAGCUGCUGAGAUAACUGCAAUGUACAGUUGUCCCAAAUUACAUCAGCAUAGCCAAAAAGAGGAAGGAUAAAUGUGUUGUGUAUUUUGUCCAACGAUUUCCUAGAUGACCUAUAUUUAAGCGACCGAAGGCAACUGGUCAUUUUAGAUGUUUUAUCAAUAACAGUUUGCACGUGAAGUCGCCAUUCACCAGACUGUUGGAAAACCAGUCCCAAAUGUUUAUGAAAAUUGACUUCUAUAAUUUCCUCAUUAUUAAGAUACAAAGUGGGUUUAGUCGGGGGAGACGACUUCUGUGUGAUAGUGAGUGUUUUUGUUUUGGCAGAACUAAAUUUAACAAGCCACCUUUAUUGAAAGAUGACUGUGUGUACUGUCAUUGUUUUGACACUUCACAGCCUGUCACCACCAAUGUGCCUUGAAAUAAAAUUUCUCUGUUAAUUCUUGCAUAUUUGUUUUACUGUAUAGGAAGUCUUUCACAAUAGCAGUGGUUAGUUACAGGAAGUGAUUUCUGAGUUCAUGUGUCCGGGAAGCUAACCACAGCUAGUGGAAUAACCCACCGAGACUCGAGGGACAGACGCGACUGGGUGCGGCAAAUCCAACAGGCCUCAGUCCCGGCUAGUGAAAUGAUCAGCCGUAUUAGUAUAAUAUAUAGGACACUUUUAUUUGGACCUUGGUGACACAAAACAUUUCAAAACAUACUUGACAUUUAAUCUUAUAAAAAAAUAAACCAGGAUGAUUGAAAAUUUUACUACAUAUUUCUAAACUGCUGAUAUACAUUCAUCAGUAUUAUUAACAUCUUGUUCCUCCAAGUUCUCCCAUUUUAGACAAGUUGCAGUCUGCACUAACCAUCCACUAAAGGGAGUAUCAAAAACUGGCCUUUUAACACCAAUGGUUAUUAUUACAGGUCAGUUUAUAAUAUAUUAGACAAUUUUGGAGAUUAAAUAUGUGGCUGUUUAAUACAGGUCAGUUUUAGAUGAUUUGUGUGACCUCUAGAGCACGUUUCACUAAUUGUGACAUGGUCUAAGGUUAAGAUAUAUAAUUACUUCACUUAGGAAUGUUGCCAUUAAUAAAUAUUUAUGUAACGGUUUAACAAUGUAUAUCUGUCGGUCUGUAAGAGGUUUCUCCCAGACAUUUAUUAGUGUGAUAGUGUGUAUGCUAAUAAAAUGAAAAUGUUAUUUGUGACUUUAAGGCUUGUUAUUGGAGUGUUACAGGAUUGCUACAGAUUAAACUCAAUGGGAAUUUUUCUUUUCGUUCACUUUUUGUUGCAAAACAGAAAUGUGGGAACGUCAUGCUAUUACAAUAAAGUUUUAUUAUACU